AUGCAGCUCCUAGUAGGGCUCAAUGCCGCUCAGAGAGCUGCAGUCACCUCGCCGGCAUCAGUUCUCCAAGUGCUAGCUCCUCCUGGGUCUGGGAAAACCAAGACUUUGACCUGUCGCGUCGCCUAUCUCACUGCUCAUUAUGGACACAAUCCGCAAAAUGUCAUCUGUUGCACGUUUACCAUCAAAGCUGCCAGGGAAAUGCGGGAAAGACUGAGAAGCUUGGUUGGCAGUGAACUCGAAUCUAAGCUGGUCCUCGGAACUAUCCACUCCAUCUGUCGACGUUACUUGGUCGCGUACGGCCACCUUAUUGGAAUACCCAAAGGUUUUGGAAUUGCGGACAACUCAGACAGUAAUAGCAUAAUCAAGCGCAUCGUCAAGCGCCUCAACCUGUCGAUCGAACCAAAAAAUGCGAGAGCCAGAAUUUCAAGUCACAAGGCUAAAGGGAAAAAGCUGGAAGACCUGCCGAAGAAACCGCCGAAAGAGCUGAAGGAGCAAGAGUUUAUAACCAUUUUCCACGAAUAUGAGGCGGCAUUGGCAGUGUCCAAACUACUGGACUAUGACGACCUGCUCUUGCGAUGUGUUGAUCUUCUGCGAGCAUAUCCAGCCUGCGUGUCCAACAUCGAAGCCUUGUUGAUUGACGAGUUCCAAGAUACCAACAUCGUGCAAUUCGAACUGAUGAAAUUACUGGCAUCUGCAAACAGAAAGAUCACCAUUGUCGGUGAUCCAGACCAGAGCAUUUACGGAUUUCGCUCUGCGGAAAUCGAGAAUCUACGACGAAUGAAAGCUUUCUACCCUGAAACAGUCGUCAUCAAUUUGGAAGAAAAUUAUCGCUCUGCGUCGGCCGUGCUGAGACUUGCCCAGGAUGUCAUUGAACAAGACGCCAACCGUCCCCAGAAGAAAAUGAAAGCGACCCACUGUCAUGGAACUAAGCCGGUGCUUCGACGUCUGCCUAAUCCUAAUGAGGAGGCAUUGUGGAUUGCUAGUGAGAUCAAGAGAACGAUGACAAUGACUGGAGGCCUACUUCUGCAUUCUGAUUUCGCUAUUCUCCUUCGCUCGGCUUAUCUCUCAUUGCUUAUUGAACGAGCUUUGACAAACGCCAACAUUCCGUAUCGCAUGGUUGGGGGUCAACGUUUCUUUGACCGUGUCGAAAUCCGGAUCAUCAUCGAUUACCUCCGCACUAUCAGCCAUCCUGACAAUAAUCAGGCUUUCGUGGCAAUCAUAAACACGCCGCCACGCAAGAUCGGAGAGACUUCGAUUGCUGAAAUGGUCAAACUUGGGGAAGAACAUAAACUCUCACUCUGGGCUGUUGUGCAAAAAGUCCUCACAGGAGAUCUAAAGCCUAAAAAGAGGCUUUCGAAACCGGCGGAACAGGAACUGGGCCGCCUGAUUAGUCUCAUCCGGACUGCUAGACAAAAGAUGAAUACCGUACAACCGGCGGCCACGGUUCCGACGAAGUUGAUUGAUUUCGUUGUCGAAUCUUUAGACUUUGAAAAUUAUCUGAAGAGAAAAUACAAAGAUGACCAUGAAGAUCGACUCGAGAACGUCAAAGAACUCAUUACACACGCAUCUGAGGUCCUGCUACAGAAUGCGGCCGAAGAGCCUCUCGCGACUAUUGAGGGUGUGGAACAGCAAAUUUCCAAUGGUGGUCAGGAAGUCCUCGCUCAAUUUCUGGCGAAUAUUGUCCUCUCGACCGAUGUUGAAAAUGCCGAAGAAAGCAAUGACAAACCUCGCCUCACCAUCUCGACGAUUCACUCCGCAAAAGGUCUUGAGUGGCCUGUCGUAUUUAUUCCAGCAGUCUAUGAAGGGUCUAUUCCUCAUUCUCGAGCUGACAAUACUGAUGAAGAGCGGCGACUGCUCUAUGUCGCAAUGACACGAGCUCAGACUCUUCUCACAAUGACUUUCCCAGUGUUGCAAUCCCGGGAUCAAGCAGAGUCCGUUCUUUCUCAGUUUCUCCCACCCAAAGUCCACCAUCAUCUCGCUCAAACUGGUCCAUUAUUUCAUGAUCACGCGAUCCAGGAUAUAGCAAGCAUCCUUGGACGGCCCAUGCCGUCACAGGAAGACCUAGCAAAGAGCUUACAGGGCAUCAAGGGCGAAGAAAGUCCAGCUGAUGACAUAUGGCCGAGUGAUGGUAGCCGCCGACCUACGCCAAUGCUUCCAAGCGACACACAGGGUACUCAAGAAUUCGGCAGGCCACUAGCAGAGGUCCUUGCCGCUCAGAAACAACAAUACCGAGGCUACUCUAGCCUUCCAAGAAAAGAUGCCACGUCAACCUCUGCUGGCUCUAGGGUGGUCACCACCAUGAGCAGUGUCGACGCCUUCUCCACGUCAAACAUGUCGCUGGGCUUCACCACUGCCAGCCAUCAGCUCAAAACAGGUGUCGCUAAUCUCAGGAGAUCCUCAUCGAAUCCGCUCCCGCCUCAGAAAAAGCCGAAGCUGUCAAAGUCGAUUUCAGGACAAGGCACUAUCGGAAGCUUCUUCCCAAAGUCCGUUGCCCAAGCACAGCAACUAUCAGCAGAUGCAUUGAGACCGCACACCAUUGUGGUAGAUCAACACAGAGAUCUGAGCUAUGAAGGCGCCCUUCGUCAAAAGCGUGGAGACCGAGAUAUCGCCAAGUGUGGCAUCCCCGAAGAGUUGUCUUCGCAUCAAUUGAACUUUCGCAACAGCAUAAUCUAUGGACGUCCUGCACCUCUGAAAGAGACAAGCACAAACUCCAAGAACCGGUAUGCUGGGCUGUGCAGUUCACCACCUCCGUGCGUCGCAGAUGAGAGGGAACAACAGAUUCUAGACACUCCCGAAGGUGAGAAUCAGACCCCCGGGGCUACAGCGGGGUCGAAGUCCCUAGCACCAGAUGAUAAUGCAACGACAUUGACCAAUUAUGUCCUCGCCAAGCCGGUCAGUUCCCUGCACAAGACUAGUAUGUCUUCGAUCAGAAAUGGUGGGCUCUCUUCAUCAUAUACUGCUUCGGGCGUUGUUAGGAAGACACUUGGAAUCAGACGCACUAUGAACGGGUGGGAGAACAGAAAGAACCGAUGA